CAUCAUUUAUAACUUUGCGAAGUAGCUGGCACAAUCAACUAUAUACAUUGACGAUUAAUUUUAAAUAUAAUAAAAUAAAAAAUGAUAUCUCGUGACCUAAAAGUCAAGCUCAAUUUCAUUGAUGUAGACAAUAGUUAUAAUUAUCAUCAUAAAAACGAAAUUUAAGACCGUCUAUCUUAAUAUAAUAUACCCUUUUAUCUCUACGUUCAGGGACGGAAGUAAAGAACUAGAUAACUAGGUAUCAUAUUCACGAGACCCGAACUGAACUCUUGACUUUUGUAAUAAAAAAAAUAAAACGUCAAAAUGACAAGCCGUGUGUUAUCGUAAUAGUAUCGUUGAAUUUUCGAUUUAUUUAUGUAAAAUAUAAAUUAUUGAAUAAAAUAAACACUAUUUGUGCCAAAAUGUGAGAUAGAAUAAUUAUACAUAAGAUUUUGUGUCUAGUUUAAUUUAUUACCUGUGAUAUUUUUGUUGUUAUAAUUUAAAAAUGUGUGUAAAAUUAUUUUUCACUUUAAUACUGUUUAAAUCGGUGAUUACUAAUGCUGCCAAUGAAACAAUCUCUCAAGGCAAAACCACUGAAUUCUGGGAUGAAACCGAACCUUUUGGUCAGGCAAGUUCUCCAUCUCCCGACCUGAGGCUUCCUUCAGUUGUUGUACCAAGUUUUUACAGAUUAAAGCUCAUCACAGACUUGGAACAUUCAAAUUUUUCUGGCGAAGUUUACAUCACAAUCAGAGCCAGUCAACGAGUGAAAGAAAUUAUAUUGCAUUCUAAAAACCUCAGUAUUAAUAAAGAUGCUAAGCUCACUGAACAAAUUUAUGAAAAAUUUGAUAUAUUACAUAGUAAAUCUAAGCGAGAGGUCAAUGAAAAUGUUACCAUUCCAUUGGAGAAUAAUGUCACUAAUACUGCUAUAGAAAAUAUUACUGAAAUUGUUGAUACCAAAAAUGAGACAAUUGAAAAUGGGACUAUUGCUACUAAGACACCAGAUCCUGUUGAGCCUGAAAUUAUUCGUACACCAGAAACAACUCUAUUGACACCUGUUGAUACCCAAAUCACUCAUAGUACUGUACGCAAUAUUAAAAUACUAUCAAUCACCGAAGGCACUGGUGAUAGACUGAUUCUAACCCUGGCUUCAGCUCUUACUCCUGAUGUAGACUACACUCUGCAGUUAUCAUUUAAAGGGGAUAUCUCAAACUCGUUAACUGGAUUCUACAAAAGCACAUAUACAAAUAGUCAACAGGAAGUCAAAAAAUUAGGUGUAACCCAAUUUGAGCCAACAUCAGCCAGAGCUGCGUUCCCCUGUUUCGAUGAACCAGCAUUUAAAGCAAAAUUCGAAAUAAGUAUUGCACAUCCAACAAACAUUACUGCAUUGUCCAAUAUGAAAGUAGCUACUGAAGAAGCAAUACCUGAUCGACCCGGAUGGCAGUGGACUCACUUCGACAGAUCUGUCAACAUGUCCACAUAUCUCGUUGCUUACGUACUAUCUGACUUCAAAUCACUUGAAACAAGUUACGUAAGCAAAGACAACAUAACCAAACCGAUCAGAGUUUGGACCAGGCCAGAACUGAUAGAUAAUGCUAAAUAUGCCAUCAACAUUACUCCCAGACUCUUGGACUAUUAUGAAGACCUUUUUGGAGUACCAUAUGCACUGGAUAAGUUGGAUUUGAUCGCGAUACCGGAUUUCUCGAGUGGUGCUAUGGAAAAUUGGGGCUUGAUUACAUUUAGAGAGACGACGUUACUAUUCGACGAGAAGGAAGGCGUGCCCCGCGACCGGCAGAACGUGGCCAUCGACAUCGCCCACGAGCUGGCGCACCAGUGGUUCGGUAACCUCGUCACCAUGCGCUGGUGGACCGACCUCUGGCUCAACGAGGGCUUCGCCACCUACGUCGAGUACGUCGGCGUCGAUCACAUUGAACCAAAUUGGAACAUGCUGGAGACCCUGACUCGGGACAAAAUGGACCUGCUUAGGUCCGACGCACUCAAGAACACAUCGCCAGUCUCGCGUAAAGUCAUCGACGCAUCGGAGAUAUCGCAGAAGUUUGAUGAAAUAUCGUACACCAAAGGCAGCAAUCUGAUCCGAAUGCUCAACCACACCAUCUCUGAGGACUUGUUCCAUAAGGGACUGAUGCUGUACCUUAAUAAUUGGAAGUACACCAACGCCGAAGAGAAUGAUCUAUGGGAGAGCAUGUCGGAGGCGGCGGCCGGCCUGCCGGAGUUCGAGAAGCUGUCGCUGGUGCAGUUCAUGAACAGCUGGACGAGGCAGGCCGGCUACCCGGUCGUCAACGUGCUGCGCAACUACGACACAGGAGAGGUGGAAUUUCAGCAGAAACUAUUCACAAGUACAAAAGAACCCUACCAAAGCAUGGUGGAUCAGUUAUGGCACAUCCCCAUCAGCUACGCGACGCUGAGCGAAGACGGCAGGAGCGACGAUUGGACUGCCAAACCGAAGAUAUGGCUCAACAACCGCACCAAAACGUUCACGCUGCCUAUUAACCAGAGCCAAGCUUUGUAUGUUAAUGUCGACGCUGUGGGGUAUUACCGUGUGAACUACGAUAAGAGGAACUGGGAGUUGCUCAAUAAAGCACUCAAAUCUGGCCACGUGAACUCACCAAUAGCUAAGGCCCAACUAAUUGACGAUGCUUUCAACCUGGCCAAGGCCUCUCAGCUGAACUACAGCUAUGCACUGGGACUAACUACGUGUGUCAUAGAUGGAGAAGACUCCAAGAUUGUGUGGGACCUCCUCUUGAACAAUAUGGGAUUCUUGAGGCACAAUUUGAAAGCGACUUCAGGAUAUAUUUAUUUCCAGGAUUAUAUGAGGCUAAUAUUAAAAACUCAACUGGAACGUCUGAAUUAUGGGCUGGAUAAGCCGAAGAAUGAUAAUGAGGCUUUCCUCAUUGAGAAUUUGGUAAUGUGGGAGUGCUAUGUCGAGUCUCCUAGAUGUUUACAAUGGGCGAAGAAUGAAUUCAGUAAAUGGGUAAAUGGGACGGACAUCAACAAUAACCCUAUACCAAGCUACUUACGUUCUCUGGUGUACAAUAUUGUACUGAAGCACGGCGGGCGGGAGGAGUUCGAGUUCCUGUGGAACGUGUUCCUCAACUCCAGCGACCCCACCGUCAAGAGCAUCAUCAUCAACAACCUGCCCAGCACCAACAAUGAGGGACUCAUUACUAUGUUGCUGGAGAAGAGCCUGACGGAGAUCCCGAAGCAGUACGCGAUCGCGGCGUGGUCGGUGGAGGCGCCGGCGGGCACGCGGCGCGCGCAGGCGCUGCUGCGGCGCCACUUCCGCCGCGUGCGCGCGCGCUUCGCCAGCCUCGACCCCUUCAUGCUGCCCGCCGCGCUCAGCGGCGCCUUCGGCUUCAUAGCCAGCGCCGACGAACUCCACCAGCUAAAAUCGUUUGCAAUGGAGCACAAAGAGGAGUUGUUGCCGAUGUCGCAGACUCUGCAGAAGUUGAUCGACACGGCGACACUGCGCAUCGACUGGAUCGAGCGUUACUCCGCUGACAUCAACCGCUGGUUCCAGGAUUAUGUCACCAACAAACUAACAGCGUCCCCUGUAAACGAGCCAACCACGCCCGCCUCAAACACUCCAAACAACACGACUGGCGGAUUGAAUAUAACCGAAGUGAUAUUAAAUAGUACAAAUGUACCCAUCGCCAACCCACCGAACGCCAUGCCAGUGAACCACACUAGUCUAUAAUCAAAACUUUCGCAGUACCGUCAGCAGGAGAAAUCGAACGACAAAGAAAGUUAUUGUUACAUAAUAUUUUUAUGUUGUGUAAUUUGGUGAACGACUCACGUUGCUGACUGUACUGUGUUCUUGUACAUUGCAACACAGAUAUGGAUUUAUAUGAUACAUCUACUUUGCGUGUAUUUUUUUUUGUCAAAUUGGACUCUAUUCUGAGUUCUAUCAUGAAAGGAAACAUUUCAGAAUUUUGUGGAGCCUGGGCCGAUCAAUGUACACUAAAUUAAAAAAAAAAACUAAUCUAUAACAUUUUCGGGUUUAACAUCUUUUCUCACAAACUUAUUUUAUUUUUGUAACACAAAACAAAAACAGCUGUAAAUUUAACAAUUGCAACACAAAAUCAAAUGUAGAUAUCAGUGUUAAUUUGAUUAACAUAUUAUAUACAUUUUUUUUUCUCCUAUUAUAUCGUGACAAUAAAAACGUGCGAUAUCCCUUCGGACUACGGUCUACAAAAAUGCCUAAUCUCUGUCCAUGAUCGACGCACACAUUGAUGGAUUGAUAACUAACUUUGUGUAUAUGAAUUUACCCCAAUUCAAAUAUGAUAUCCUAUUUGAACAUAUAUUUAAAUUCUUAUUUCAAAAUAAGAAAGUUGAAAUUACCUGUUGAAAUAAGGACUUCAUAUUGGAAUAGAGCGCAAUUAUUUUGUAAAAUUUGAACAUCUACUUAAUACUUUUAUAUUUUUAGUAUGUUUGUAAAUAAUUGUUUUAAUGUAAGUUAAUCUUUUCUAAAUUUAUUGUGUUCUCCUAAUACCAAUAUUGUCUAUAACUCGAUGUCCAUAGACAAUAUUUGUAUGCCUUUCUGGUAAGUGACGUUACUGUAUUUUUUCUAUUUUGUUAAUAUGUCUUCCUUAUAUGCCAGUUACUUUAUACAAACUGUCUAGUUACCAUAAACUUUAUUUUAAAACAUUUUAAUACAACUCGGUGAUGUAAAUGAUUGCAAAAUUUGUAUUAGAUUAUAUUAAAACUCAAAAAGGAUAAUAAAAACUUAACCAUAUUGCGGAUACUCUUGGAACUGAUUUUUUUUUUUUACAGGCAACACCAACAUUAGUGUAUUUUUUUUUCUGGUAUGACUACUAUUUGUUGCUACAUAAAUUUUAAAAAACAUAAUUUCCGGGAAUUUACGCAUUGUUUCUAUUUUCCUAAUUGGGUUUUAUUACUGUUAUAUAUUUACAGUCUUUAUCUUUUAUUAGAUAAGUGUUUUACAUUCACAACUUUAUUAUUUUUUAACAACGAAAAAAAAAUUAGGCUCUUUAUAAAAUCGGGAACAAAGUAUACCCUGAAUUAAAUAUAUAACUUUUCAAUAUACCUAUUUAACUGUUAGUGAGAUGGCACUUUAUUUAAAAUUACGAAUUUAAAUCGAUAGAAAGAAAUGGACCAUAAUAUAGAAAUUUUAGCUAUAAGUUAAGAUAGACUCGUUUAUUAUUAGAUGUUCCUAGUUAUAAUUGUAUUUCUAGUUGUAAGGAUAGUAUCAACUGAAUUAACAUGGGUUCCUUUUAGAGUCAACGCAAAUUUGCCUUGUUCAUGAAAAUGUCAGACCCAUAUUCAAAUAACUAUUUAACUAUUGAAAUUAUUUACCUUUUUCUUUAAGAACCUUAGUAGAUAUUAUAAAUUUAAGUUUAUAGAAGUUUUUUUGUGAAUAACAAGGCAAAAGUGGCAAUGAAAAGCGAUAAAUGGAGUGUAAAGUGGUGAUCUGCGAGUAAAAAGCCUCACUGGAUGAGUCUCUCUCGUUUCUUCGUCUCUCUUUUAUACAACUUAUUUCUUUUAUUAUACUUUUUACUUUAUUUAUAGCGUUUUGCAGCAAAUAGUUGCUCUGUUUUGUUAAAUCAAUUUCAGUCGUAUGCUUAAACCGUUAAAGUCUAUUUUCGAAUGACAACGAAUUUGACUCUUCAGCAUUCGCUGACUUAGUCCUAGUAGCAUGCCAAACCUUAUCAUGGCGCCAUUAAAGUGACUAUUUAAUAUAACCUAUCGUAUUUAAAAAAAAAAACUCCUUUUUAAUAAGAAUGGCAACUUUAGCUUUUAAAAGUUUUAUUUAUUAUAUUUUUUCUAAAUCUAUUAAAGAAAGAAAUUAUUAUAUUUACAGCAAUAAUAAUCAUGUAGUAUGUUCAAAAAUCUUUAAAAUAGGAUUCCUAAAUUCUACCAUGUUAUAUAUAAUCUGUGAUAAUAAGAAUAGAAACGACCACAGACAACGAAUCGACAACCUCAAUCUAUCAAAUAACUAGUAUCUUUCUAGUCUUAUCUCAAUUUGGGGUCAGCAUAAUGUAUUAAGGGAUUACAACUUAAUAAAUUUGCAGUCUGCAAAUUAAUAGGUUUGCAAAGAGAACUAUAUUUCUUGCAGUUUUUUUUUUUUUUUUUAAUAUUUAAUCAAUAAACGUAACACGUCAAAAUAUAACAGGAAAUCAUACCUACACUUCAUUUUAAUAAUUAUUUCUUUAUACAUACAUUUUUUUUUUUUUUAUUUAUUCAUGACCAUGGAUACAAGUCCUUCAGUCGCAGGCUUUUAUACACACAAAUUUUGCUGUGUUGCCAUUCUUAUCUCGUAUCGUAAUCGUACUAAAAUAGGUCAAAUUCUCAUGCUGUUGAUUAAUAAUUAUUACCUUAUCGUAAUAAUGGAGACAAUGUGAUUGAUAUUUGACAUUUAUAAAAUACGACAGGAGCUCUGUAAUGUGAAUAUUUAUCUUUGUUGUUGUCUUCUUUUUUUUUUUUCUUACAUUUUUAGUCUAUGUAUUUUGUUUUUGCAACUGUGUAACUUCAAAUAUUUAAUGUACAGUAUUGAUUUUUAAUGUUUUAUAUAUUGCAUAGAAAAUAAAUAGGAGCAUCUGCAUAUUCUUAUAUAUUUGUUACUCUCAAUAUAAGACCAUGAUUAUAUGUAGGAAAUAGAAUUUCUUUUGUUUUUUGUUUUUUUUUUAUGUAAAAAUUGUUCUAAAGUUACUAAUAAAGUGUGCAAUAUA